UAAUACGGCAACGUUUAUUGACGGUUGAAUGAAUUUUUUAUCAAACGUAGAUUUCUUUCGAAAAUUUUAGAUACUUUUGAUAGUUUCGAGGAGGUAUCAUGUUUAAGAGAAGACUGAAAGCCCUUGGUUAUGUAGAAUGUGACAAAGUUAAUAUAAACGAUACGCAACACUUUCGUAAAGUAACAGUUUGGUUAGAAGACCAAAAAAUACGUCAAUACAAUAUACAAGAUCGGAAACAGUUGCGCGAUAUAAAAAAUGAAAAUUGGCCUAACGUUUUUUCACAAUACUGUAAGGAUCUUGACUGCCCGAUUUCUGGUAAUUCUUUGGCCCAACUAGAAUGGCUGAUUGGAUAUGCUGUUUGGUUGGAAGCAGAAAAUAAUAGUGAGGAAUAUUCUGAAAAUGUGAAAGAGAUGAAAAUAAAAAUGAAAAACGAAACGCUGGUGCCCCGCCUUAUAUCUAAGAAUCCACUCGAUAAUUUGGACUUCGACAGUAAAGAGUUCAAACAAGGAACUUACUCGGUGGCGAAGUUACUACGAAUUCCAAACCACCUGGAUCAUCUGCUGAGGUUAAAAGCCUGCAGUAAACUGGUGCAAAGGAGAUUAAAUCCUGAGUGCGUGCAAAAUCCAAAUUCGAAAAUACUACGAGGCAAACCGUUCCCUGUGAUGAACAUCGCUCCUGGUUUCCAAUUGAACAACCCUGCGUUGGAGAAUGCAGCCAAGAUCCUUGCCCUUCUUUAUAUUCAAGACAUCAGGAAUCUUCAAACGAAGAUCAAUGAAGUGAUCGUUCGUGUGCAAAGCAUCACCGCCAAUCCUAAGACGGACACUAAGUUAGGAAAGGUUGGAAGAUAAGUGAUCGACAGGUAAAUGAAUAGUCGACCAGAAGUUCGGGAAACUAUAAAAAUACAGAAAUUUCAAAUGUGGGAAACGGAAUCUCUGGAAGGAAAGAUACUUUCUGUAUCCGCUCUUAAUAAAUUAAACUCUUUCUAUUUGUAUUCUACGGAAUCGUUUAAACCGAGUUCUAGUAUCCUUUAAUAAAAAAUUCACGCAUACAUAUUCUUACAAAAUGAUCUUGCAUAUUUCACUGACCAAGUAGAGCUAAAUUCUAAUUUGUUCUAGUCCAGAUUAACAAAGAAACAAAAAUUUGUAGAGCUUGUUCUUUUGUUCUCUUCGGUCGUCUGUGGGAAGAACGCUUUUACACAGAUAGCAAUGUAUACAAGUUUGC